CUAGGCAGACAGUCGCGUAAGGACCGUGGGGGCUCUCUCUUGGGGUAGUAAAGCCUCACGUUUACCUUGCAUUCUUUGUCCUCCCAACUUCUUCCUAAUAAAACCCCCCCUACUCGCUCACUUCCUCCUCCAUUCUCAGUCCCAUUCCAUUCUUCUCUCGUCGCUUCCUCAACCAUCUACCUUAAAAUUGUUCACGAGCUCUCUGCAACUCACUCCUUUCUCUCUGAGACUCUCUUCCGUGCUACUCUAAGACCUACGUGCUGUGAAGUUCUGAAGCUUUUGUGUGUGUGUGUUUGUGUCCUGUAGCAGCAAUGGCUGACCCGCCUUACUCGGAGACACAGUCCAGCGCCAACUCUUCUUCACCUUCUCCGUCUUCACCAUCCUCCUCUGGGUUGUCUCACUCCCAGUCUCUACCUCCGAACCUGCCAUCCAACCCUGACUCGAAACUGCCGAAGCGAGCCCGAGACUGCAGCAAGCACCCGGUUUACAGAGGUGUCCGAAUGCGGACCUGGGGCAAAUGGGUAUCCGAAAUCCGCGAGCCCCGGAAAAAGAACCGGAUCUGGCUCGGUACCUUCUCGACCCCGGAAAUGGCCGCCCGGGCCCACGACGUGGCCGCGCUGAGUAUCAAAGGCAACUCGGCCAUCCUCAACUUCCCCGAACUCUCCGGGUCGCUUCCCAGGCCCGCUUCGAACUCCCCUCGGGACGUCCAAGCCGCUGCUACCAAAGCAGCUUCCAUGAAAUUUGAGGUUCCCAAAACGCCGACGUACUCCUCCUCCACCUCCACCUCUUCGUCAUCGUCCUCAGUGACUACGGUAUCGUCGUCGUCGUCGUCGUCGUGCGACGUGUCGACCCCAGAGGAGCUGAGCGAGAUAGUGGAGCUGCCGAGUCUGGGGACGAAUUUCGAGUCGGACGAGUUCAUGAGUAACGAUUUCGUACUUGUAGACUCGGCUGAUGGGUGGCUGUAUCCUCCCCCGUGGUGUCACAGUGGCAUUGACAUACAAAUGACAGAGGCAGAGGGUAUGAUACCAAGUUGCUUCGAACCAUUAUUGUGGCAACCUUAUUAACAUAUGAUCCAAAUUUUACAAAGCGUGUGUAUGUGUGAAAUUCUUAACUCUUUUUUUUUUUAUUGUGUCAAUGCUUGUAUUUUUCUUUUCUUUUUUGGGCUUUUUUCUUCUUUUUUUUUUAGUCUUUUAAAAUGUGUGAGGAAGCCCUCCAUCAAUUUUGCUUUUGAAGGGCUAAAAAAUAUAAAAUACGUUUCUUGGUGCUCAAGUA